AGAAAUGAACUAGAACAUGUAUCUCAAAAAUUUAUGUGGAGAAAAAAGAAAACAAAGGCAGAAUGAGAUAUACGCCACAGUAUUAUUUAUGUAAAUGGAAAAUACACAUAAACAAAGAAAGAAAGAAGUUUUUCAAGGAUUUAUACAUAAGUAAAUAAACAAAUGAAAAAUGGCAUGGCAGGACAUAUGCUUAAUGAUGGGUGGCCAUGAUGUAGGACCAUGAUGAAGUUUGGAGAAAUUAGAGGAAAACAAUAAGUAAAUAGUAAAUUUAAAGAAAAAAUUUUCUUUUAAUUUAAAUUUUACUCAUCAUUUUUUGACAUUAGCUAAGGAGCAUGAGCUUCUAAAUAAGUGCCUCUGAGGAAAAAACAAGCAACCACAACUGUUGACCUGGGUUCAUUAUUCCUCUGAUUGCUCUGCUGAUAUUUAACAAGCCUCUUUUACUGCCAAGGAAGUUCAGAGAUAAACCUUGAUAUGACGUAACAGAAAGUUUGCUUUGAUACAGAAAGAGAGAAAUAUAACCACCUGAUCUAAAACAGCUUCCCUUACCCUACCCUUGUCAGCCUCUAUCCCCUGACACUGUUUUGUUUUUUUCAUAAAAUAUAGAAAUUUCAUACAAUGUAGAUUACACACACAUACUUAUGCAUAUACGUGUGUGAUCUCCCCCAUUAGUAUACAAGACCCACAAAUCCAGACCUUUCUUGGCCUACUCACAGUCAUGUCCCCACUCCCAGAAGAGUGUUUUUCACAGAGUAGGUGGUCAAUAAAUAUUUGUUUUAAGAUUUAAUAUCAAACUGAUUCAGGAAGUUUCAAUUCUGUUUCUGAAAGAAAGUUCCCCUGCACAAGUACAUAUUAUCAACACAAGGUGUUUGUGAAAAGUUAGAGUUGGGAGGAGAGGGCAACAUCAAAGAUCAAGAGACUGGCAAGUUGUUCACAUGGUGGCUAAUCAUGAACCUAAGAAUGGAAAGUAGAGGUAGGAAGAAGCAUAGAUUUAUUGGCUUGUUUGUGAUUAAAUUUACAAAAGAGGUUUACAUUAAACUGUAGGAUCUUCUCUAUUCUAGCUAGUUCCAUGACCAUGGAAAGAGCCAACCAAACCAGCAGUGUCUCUGAGUUCAUCCUCCUAGGACUGUCCUCAAGGCCUGAGGACCAGAAGCCACUCUUUGUCCUCUUCCUCACCAUGUACCUUGUCACUAUAACAGGGAACCUGCUCAUUAUUCUGGCCAUCCACUCUGAUCCCCAGCUCCAGACACCCAUGUAUUUCUUCUUGAGUUUCCUGUCUUUUACUGACAUUUGCUUCACAACAACCAUUGUUCCCAAGAUGCUGGUGAACUUCUUGUCCAUGAAGAAGACCAUCUCCUACGCUGGAUGUCUGACACAGAUGUACUUUUUCUAUGUCUUCGGCAAUACCGACAGUUGCCUUCUGGCAGCCAUGGCCAUUGACCGCUAUGUAGCCAUCUAUGACCCCUUUCACUAUGUCACCAUCAUGAGCCACCAUCGCUGCUACCUGCUGCUGGCCUUCUCCUGCUCAUUUCCUCACCUUCACUCUCUCCUGCAUACACUUCUGCUGAGUCUUCUCACCUUCUGUGACUCCAAUGUUAUCCAACACUUCCUCUGUGACAUCAACCCUCUCCUGAAAUUGUCUUGCUCUUCCACAUUUGUCAAUGACAUCACAAUAAAGACAGAAGGAGUAAUUGUUUUUGUGACUCCCUUCCUAUGCAUUUCCUUCUCUUAUGUAAGAAUCCUCAUUGCAGUUCUCAAAAUUCCCUCAGCUGUUGGAAAACGCAAAGCCCUCUCCACCUGUAGUUCUCACUUCGCCGUGGUAACCCUCUUUUAUGGAAGCAUCUAUUAUGUUUACUUACAGCCCUUGUCUAGCUACACUGUCAGGGACCGAGUGGCAACAAUUGGCUACACCAUUUUGUCCUCCAUGCUAAACCCUUUUAUCUACAGCCUGAGGAACAAAGACAUGAAGAGGGGCCUGGGGAAGCUAAUGUGCAGGAGGAAAUCCUAG